GUACCGAUGGGCGGCGCCGUGUGCGAGUGCGCUACGAGGCAUUCCUGGCAAGUGAUGUUUAUCAAUAUGGGUGCAGCACGGCGAGCCACUGCCGGGGGCCUGGUGUUCAAGAGGCCCCUGCCAGUACGGGUAGCACCGUGCCCGUGCGCUUUCAGAAUGGAGAAGAGGUCCAGGACCUGAAAGGCUUCGAAAACAAGGAUCCCCUGGAUGGCAUCGUGGGCCCUUUGAGUGCUGUGGAGGCAGCCAGCCUCCGAGAACGAGCCGAGGAGCUCCUCUUGGAGGCCCAAGCGGCGGCUGAAUGGUGUUCCGCGGGCUUGCAGCGCAUGGCCCUGCAACUGGAGCGUCGGGGGGAGGGCGGUGCUGAGCAGCAUGUCCUGGCCAUGAGCUCAGGGGCCGAGAAGUGGGGCUCCCAGUUCUUUGGGUGGGGCAACAUGAAACACCGAAGACCCUUAGGCCUCCACUUUCUGGCGCUGAACAAGUCCGCCAGGAAGAACAGCAAGAACGGACGGCUGCAGGCAUGGUCCACUCUUCACGGACAUCACGUAGAUCCUCCCAGCGAACAGAUGCUGCCCAACGAGAGGGUCGCCACGGGCCGUCCGGUGGAGAUUUGCAGCGUCUAUGCGGGGCACUUGGGCGUGGAACAGAUGGAGCUGUCGUGCUCGCUGUUGGCUCGCCUUGGAUUCAGCCGGCAGAUCCCAGUUCAGUCCCCAUGGGAUUUUUGCCGUUUGCUGGCGCCUCCACCACCUGCUCGUGCACCAGGCUUCGAGCUCACCGUUCCGUUGCUGGUCUUGGGCAUCGUGGGCAUCGUCCUGUGCGCUGGUGCCUUCCUGUGGGUUCGGGUCUCGGACUACCUGGCGCAGCAGCGGGCCAAGCGAACAGCCGCCAAUGCACAGUUGGCCAAGGUUUUGGCCCUCCGCGGAAGGUGUAAAUUGCAGCAGGGCCUGCGCUGGAAGAAUUGGGGCCCCUUGAUGAAGGAGCUGCAACCGCUGAAGCCCAUGGGGUUGAUGCCGCGUCCAAAUGUCGUGACGGAUGCCUGGCCAAGCACGAAGACACCCUGCGAGCAGAUCCUGUCGUUGGUCUUGACCUCUUUCGACCGGUCUCCAUUGUCGGUCCUCGAACUCACUGCGUUGGGGGGUGCUAGUCUUCACUUCUAUCAGAUGCAGUGGCCUCGAUUUUCAAUUCUUUUUGACCUUGAAAGUGCGCCGCUGGACUUGGAAAGUGAGGAAGGCCUCGCAUCGAAGCUGGAACGCUUGGGGGAGAGGCUCCGAAGCCCCGCUGUCGCCAGGGCCGCCUUGGUGGAAGGAGCAAAUUGCUUUCGCGUCUGGGCUGAGGAAGAUCGUUGCCGAGCAGCGUGGGCGCUGGCUGUUAUGCUGCGUUCAUCUGACUGGGAAGAGUUGAAAAACCGAGACUACCUGGUCCGUUUCUUGGCCUCGGGCUUGGUGGCCCCAGCACCCUGGGCCUCGAUGUCUACCGCCGCAGCCAUGUGGCAGUUGGUCCAGGUAUGUCAUGACGGAUGUCACGUCCAUGGCUUGCUGGCAGAGGUGGGUGUUGGUGAGGUGUUGGUGCAGCUGAUUCAGCAUACCUCAAUUCCAGUGCAGCAAGUGGCCCUGAAGGCCAUCGUAUGUGCUGGGGAAGUGGAACACGAGGGAGGGGAUUGCUUGGGGCUCUCCGGCACCAAUGUGAUCCCUGCAAUCAUCUCAAUCGCCCAGUUAGGAUGCUAUCUGAAUCAACCAGUUGCUGUGGAAGCCAUUGGUUCUCUAGCCCUCGGAAGCGACGCAAAGCACUUGAAGGUUGUUAUCCCAGACGUCUUGGAAUUUCUGGUGCACGAGCGUGAUGAGAUGAAACAUGUGGCUGCUCAAGCACUGUUGCGGCUCAUGUUUGCAGGAGAUGACUUUGUGAUCACUGCUUGUCAGCAUGGCUGCAUCCCGAAGAUGAUCGAUGCUUGCUGGCGCGCCACAGGCCUUCAUCAGUACACUCUGCUUCUGUGCCUGCAGCGGAUGACGUUUGGAGAGCCUCACCGAAAAAUGGCCCUGCAGCAUCAAAUCCUUCCACUUCUGUUUCAAAGCCUGCAGGAUUGGAAGCACAUGAGGGAACAACAUCUUCAACGGCUGGUCCUCGCCAUGCUGCUGGCCUACCCGUCUCAUGUGAAAGACGCCUUCCUGCAGGAGAGUCCAGCGCGCAGGACUUCGGCCAUCUGUCAGAUGACCCAAAUUGCGCUGGAGCCGGGCAAUCCGAACUCCGCUUCGGCGGAGGAAUUGCUGGAACAGCUUGCGCCAGGCGUGCUAGGAGAAGAGAUCAGAAAACUCCGAAAAGAACUGAGGCAAGCGAAAGGUGGCAAUCAGCGCAAGAGGCCCAUGCUGGCGCCCGCUGAUGCGAUGCAGAGGACGUGGCGCAGCGACGCGGCCGACGCGGUGCGCGUGGAUGAUAGCAUCCUUUUGGAGAACGACGUGCAACUUUCUUUCAGUGUUGUGGGCGGCUUCGAAUCAAUCAGAAAAGACACCUUUUAA